GGCCCCAGCAGCUGGAGGGAGGCUGGUCUCCCCCUUGGCCCUGUGUCAGCCCUCCAGGAAGAGGGACUGGAGAAGGAAGCCACCUUCCAGCGCACCUGCUCCUCCUCAGAGCGAGACCAGAGGCUCGCUUUCCCUGCUGCUGCCUCCCAUUCGCAAGCGUUGGCUCUCCUUCUCUGUCAGCGACCAGCAGCAGCAGCAGCACCUGGGCUUCCCCGCCCCUGGCCUGGGCUGGGCUUCUCCCCUCUGGCCCCUCUUGGAUGCCCCAGACCCCAGCCUCCUCCGCAGAGACCCCCAACAAGGCACCCAGAGAGGGCUUUUGUCUCCUGAAACUGGGCGGAAGGGAGCCAGUUCUGGAAGAAAGUUGAGAAUCGUCAUGGGGAACCAUGCUGGAAAACGAGAACACAGUGCUGAGAAGUUAAAGAAUCCUGACACCAAAGGGGAGGAAAGUGAAAAUAAAGGAAACUCCAAAGCAGUCCGGCUAACCCAAGAACCUUCAGAAGACAAUGAAGUUUUUGGAGAGGCAGAUGUGAACCAGAACAAUGGGACCUCCACUAAGAGCACAGUGGUGACAGACUCCAAGGACACAGCAGAUCCAAAGAAUGCCUGGAAGGAGGCCAACCCAGCUGACACAACUGGUCGCCCCCAUUUGGUCCGCCUCUUUUCCCGAGAUGCCCCAGGGAGAGAAGACAACACCUUCAAAGACCGGCCCUCCGAAUCAGAUGAGCUGCAGACCAUUCCGGAAGACAGUGCAGCAGCUGCAUCUGAGAAUUCGGAUUUGAUGGCUUCACAGAAACGCUCUUCCUUCCGGCACGGAUCCAAACUUGCAACUGCAAGUACUAUAGACCAUGCUAGACAUGGCUCCCCAAGAAGAUACAGGGAACCAGGUCUACUUGACUCACUGGGCAGAUUCUUUGGAGGUGACAAACAUGUUCCCAGGAGGGGAAAGGACUAUCACCAUGCUGCCAGAGCUAGCCACGUAGCUUCCUUGCCUCAUCAAAGGUCUCAGCGUGGGCAUUAUGUGGAGGACAACCCAGUAGUCCACUUCUUCAAGAGCAUUGUGUCACCCAGGUCAACUCCUCCCCUGCAGGCAAAGGGGAGAGGAUCACCCUUCAGCAGAUUUAGCUGGGGUGGUGAAACUCACAAGCCUGGAUAUGGAAGUGGCAAAUUCCUUGAGCGUCAAAAGGGACAAAAGGGAUAUGAUGCCCAAGGAACACUGUCUAAAAUAUUUAAACUGGGAAGCUCUGGUUCCCGACCUGGUUCUCGGUCUGGCUCUCCUGUGGCUAGGCGCUGAAGUUCUAAGAUGUCAGUGAAGGACUACGUUCUCUGCUUCAUAACAUAGCUGCCUUAAAGAUCUAACAACAGAUUGCAGAAUUCCCUAGAUAGAAACACAAUCUAUUUGUUAAAGUCAGUUGAGUUGUGCAUGCAGUAGAAAUAUAAGAAAUUGUAUUGGCAAAUGCUGAACAAAAGCAAACAAACAAACAAAAACAACCCACCCUCAACUUGCAGCGUAGCUUUUACUUGCUGUCAGCAUUACUUUAGGGAAAGUAACAGAAUUCCCCAUAUUAUUCACUCUUGUUCAAGGCGUUCCCAAAGAAUAUAGGGCCUUAAUUUUCAAGCUCAUUCAGUGUUAGGUCCCUUUCAUAUUUCUUUUUCACUAAACGUUAAGUAACAACAUAAAAUACAUAUAGUGGUCUGAAUUAGCAUUUCCAUUAGUGAACUUUGAAGUCUCUGCUGUAAGCUGUAAUAAUAAUAAAAACAUGUGCAGAAGUUGUAAGGACUGUUUAUCCCAAAAGAAUUAAAUCAUUUGGUUUUGAUUUGUUAUCAUUUAUUUUGUUUGGUUUUUUCAUACCCCUUUCUCUCACAAUUUUUUUAAAUUUUCUUAACUGGAUUAGGCAGUCAUGGAAAGGGACAUUAAAUUGUGAGUACAAGGUAUGUUGAGACGUGGGAGAAGGCAGCUGUUAUUGUUUCAAUGAGAUUGAGCAAUGGUAAUAAAGAGAGAUGCACACUUGAUGGGAGUUUUCCGGUGCAUGGCCAAUUGCUCAUCACACCCAUCCGAUUAGAAAUUAAGAGUUGCUGGGAGAGAGAAAAUAGGAUAUCAUACUUGAAUUAGACUCAUUUUACAAGACAAAUUGAGGGAUAAUCCCAAAGAAGGAGAACCUAGACAUGGUCAUAUGAACAUUGGGUGUCCCUGCAGCUUCACACAGGCACUUGCUGCAAAGUAAGCUCUUUUUUGCAGCUUAAAUAAAUAAAGUCUAAUUUCUAAAUGACAGAGAGCCCUUUGGUGAGGAGGUUUCAGAUAGUAACUGCACAUAUAAAGUUAGCAUUUCUAGCUGUGUCUUAGUGCAGCAGAGCAAACUGCCCUCGUGCACUGCAGAUAACAUACAUUAAAAGUAACAAACUAGAGGUAGAUAUUAACGGUUCACACAUACUCAAGAUAUACACGUGUAGAAAUGGGUCUACCUGUCUACAUGGUGAAAAAUGCUCUUCUGAAUUGCACUGUUUUAUAAUAUUCAACAUAUUCUGUCUUCUAAAUGUUCUUUCUUUACUCAUGCAAUGUUUUAUUUGAGCUUAUUUAUAUGUUGUAGACAAUAUAUUUAAGACUAAGUUGGCACCUGCCUUUAGCUAGGCUAAUGAGUAUUGGGAGUUACCUGUGUUAAUGCCAACUGACAUAUAAUGGUUGUGGUUGUUGUUAAUGAUAGAUCACUUUAAUCUGUCAUAGCUUUUGAGCAACAUACUUAAUAUGCAGCAAUGAAAGAUGAGAGGGUAGAAAAACCCAGAAACUAAACAAAACAGAAUACCAAAACUUUGAAGCACACACCUAUUACAACUUUUCCAAAUAUCGUGGCUAUGUGUAUUUUUCUAUGUGUAGCCUUAUCCAGUUGUGCAUCCCACAACAUAAUAGUGAGUUUCAUUUAAGUGUAUUGUUCUUAAAAGUGUAUGAAAACAACUCAUAAAAAAUCAAUAUUGAAAUAAAAUACUCAACUUUUAA